AUGCCACGAUGGGCUCAGUCCAUCCCGUCCUGCAUCUCCAUACUACGACAGAACUACGAGGGCAGCGACAGGCUAGAUCUUCACGAUGAUUAUACUUCAUUGCUACCAGCAGUUUACCGAGACGCACACGAGAACCUCAACAAUCCGAGUGUUUCCGAAAACAACAUCCUCGCCUGUAUUGAUAAGGAGCUCAAUCUGAAACGUCUAGCCGAUGUUCACAAUUGGCUUUGGCUUGCCGGCAGACCAAUGCCACCGCGACCACUGCAUUACCAGGACUUGCUUGGGCGUCAGAUACAAGUCACUGAGCAGAUGGAUAUGCAUCUUGUUUGGAGCAAGUCGAAAAUUUGGAUCAAGCCUCUACCGCGGUUCCUCAUGGAACCUCGGUUCUGGCAGGACUACCUGUCUUGCAAACCGGGCCCUAUCAAUGGCACUCAUCAUAUUGAUCGACAGCCAUGUAGCUGCAGGCUUCGAAGACAGCGAGCUCUCGGCUUCUUCUUUUCUUACGCAGCGCUUGUUUCUUACGAGAGCGAUUUCAUCAUCGCUCGCGACAAGCACCUGGUUCCCAUGGAGUUUAAUUGGUUGACAUGGCGGAGGUUCGUUAAAGAGCUUCUCGACAACGAAAACAUCUACCGCGACAUUGAUCCGCGUUUCCACUACGGCGAGCUGCGCCUGAACCGCCUGAACAAGCUUUACUACCUAUGGAAGACGCCAUUACGCGCCUACCGAUCCUACUGGAACCAGUACGGCUCGUUUUUCGAAGGCAACUUUACAUGGAUGGCUAGCUCGACCAUCUACUUAGUCGUUGUUCUGACUGCUAUGCAAGUUGGUCUUGGCACAAGUAUGCUCAAGGAUAAUCACGCUUUUCAAAGAGCAUCAUAUGGGUUCACUGUCUUCUCCAUUCUUGGACCUCUGAUUAUUGCUGCAGGUGUUGUCAUGGUGUUUGUUUAUUUGUUUAUGAACAAUUGGGUCGCGACACUCAGGUUCAAACGGAUGCGUAUGAGGUAUAUCAAACACCAAGUUGGAAAUGAAACGGAGGCCAAUGGCUCAUUGCCUCCUGUCUAA